CCCUUUCACUAACAUGCGAGGUUUAUCAAGACAAGCAAACAUAGCCUAUAAAACAUGUCCUAUUGAAUGAUUUAUUGCUUCUGUACUUGUCUUGAGUGACACCACGAAUGCGCGCGGCUGAGCGCAUAUCAGUCGCUGUAUUCCCAGCGUGUGACUCACUGAUGACGUCCCUGCUUCGCUCUUUAAUUUGACUACAGCCCAGUUUCAGUUCAGUGUUGACAGCGGCGCGUGGCGAGCUAGUGGCUUUCUUAUUUUAGAUGACAUUUUGCAACAAAACGGAAAACUGCGGUGGAAAGCGAGUUUAACUUUUAGACUUUGUGACCACGAAUGAGCCAUGGCUACAAUAACGUGUCGAGUGCAAUACCUGGAGGACUCGGACCCGUUCGUGUGCACAAAUUUCCCCGUGCCCCGCAGACCUCUGCAGUAUGAGCUCAACGAGCAUUUGCUGUUGACCGAACAGAUCGCCGGGAUUCACAAGCUGCUGGAAGCACCUUUGAAGUUAGAGGAGUGUACACUGCAACUGGCUUCUAAUGGAAACUACCUGGAUCUGGAUUCAUCCCUUGCUGAACAGAGAGAUGAUCUGGAGCAGCUCUAUGAUGACGUGGAAAAAGGCAAAAAGCCCAUCUUGAUUCUUCGUACACAGCUCUCAGUACGGGUUCAUUCCAUCCUAGAGAAGUUGUAUAAUUCCCAUGGUCCUGAGCUUCGACGGUCCUUGUUCUCAUUAAAGCAACUCUUUGAGGAUGAUAAGGACUUGGUUCCAGAGUUUGUGAUCUCCGAGGGUCUGACGUGUUUCAUUAAAGUGGGUGCUGAGGCAGAUCAUAACUACCAGAACUACAUUCUCAGAGCUCUCAGUCAGAUCAUGCUGUUUGUGGAUGGAAUGAACGGUGUUGUGAACCACAAUGAGACAGUACAGUGGCUGUACACACUGACUGGCAGCCUGUCUCGGCUGGUUGUGAAGACAGCUUUGAAGUUGCUGAUAGUGUUUGUGGAGUACACGGAGUCCAACAGUCCACUGCUUAUUCAAGCUGUCAGCACUGUGGAUGGCAAGAGAGGUGUAAAGCCUUGGGCAUAUCUAACAGAGAUCCUGUCAGAGAAGAACGGAUCAGACACAGAGCUGCUCAUCUACACCAUGACCCUCAUCAACAAGACUCUGUCUGCGCUUCCCGAUCAGGACUCCUUUUAUGACAUGACAGAUUGUUUGGAGCAGCUAGGAAUGGAAGACAUCGUCCAGAAACACAUGACUGGCAGCGACACCGAGGGUGCCCUCAAACAACAGUUCAUCAUUUAUGAGAAUGCCCUCAAGAAUGAAGAUGAUGAGAUUGAUGAAGGGACACCAAAUGUCCGUAAAGACCGAAGGAAACUGACACCCAGCGAGCAGGAGGGCAGGAGGAGCCGACGGUCAUCUUCUCAUAAUCUUACAGAUAGUUCCUUUCAACCAGCUUCCCCAACUGUAUCUGUCUCGUCUGACAGCCCUUCCCCAGAGGUGAUGGAAACAGCCUCCCCUCAGCUGUCAGAUUCCUCUUCUUCUCCUGUUCCUGGCAGUCCUGUGUUUACCAGUCCCUCCUCUACGACCCCUAGCUCCCUUACUUCUCCUGUCACUCCAGCGACUAAUGGAGCAGAGUCCACAACUACAGCGGAGCAGGAACAAAACUUGGGGCGCUCUUUUACAAGUCAGUACAUAGCACACAUGGGAAUUUCUAGAAGGAGGUUAAAAAAGGAGCGGUCUAUAACACAGGAAACCUCAAGCAUCUCCAGCAGGGCGUCUUCCACAGAAACAGACUCUCCUCAGGAGAUCCCUUCCCAGACGGGAGCGGAGCAGCCCAGCCAGACGGAGGGAAAGCAAGUCUUCAAACCGCAGCAGGCAGACAGUGUUUGUCCAGAGAGUGUGAAUAGAGACUUGCCGGUUCUGAGGAAUUAUGCAGACAAUUUCUUGCGUAGUCUGGCUGCAUCCCAGUGGGAGAAGAAGCAGAAGUCAUACGGCGCCCAUGAGAGACCUUCUUCUCCGAGCGAGAGUGUGGUGACUCCAGCCAUAGAGUUAUCUACUGAAGACGAGCAGCCAGUCUCCAGCUCAACCACCACAGGAUCUAUUAGUGGUCAGGAAUCUCAAGAGGUAAACUUGACCGGGCACACCCUGGAGCAGCCAGAGGACACAACAACAGCCCACAAUGAAGCAGAGGGUGGUUUGCAGCGUCGGGGAAGUGCAGCAGAACAGCACAGCACCCUCUCUAAUGACAGGAAGUUCAUGUUGGAUAUGCUCUACUCCAAAAAAAACACCCCUGAAGGCCUAACAAUUCCUGGUCUAGAAAGUACACUUGAGGGCCAUGGGAUCACCCGUAUGGCUGGACGGCUGUCCAGGUUUCAGUCUAACACUUCUCAGCCCACAGAGGACACAUCCAGACGGGAGGACCUGGAGAUCCCUGAAAGUACUGCUCAGGCUGCUCGUGCCAGGCUAGCAGAGGUACGGGGCAAGAAGCUGCGUCCACAGUACAGUAUUGAAGCGGAGACCCAUUCACAGAGUUUAGAGAAGACAAAUAUGACCCCAUUACCCAGGGGUAGUCGGGAUGCCUGGGAGAAGCUGCAGCCCAGCUCCAGACCUCUGCGGAUUAAAGAUCUUGACUUCUCAGAUCUGAUGGAGGAGGAGGAUAUUGAUGUGCUGGAUAUAGACACUUUUGACAUUUAUUCACCUGAUGGAAUACCACCGCCCCCUCCUCCAGGGCCAGGACUGUGCUCUGCUCCACCACCACCACCUCCUCCUCCUCCUGGAACUCCUGGUCUGGCUCCACCCCCUCCUCCUCCUCCUCCUCCUCCUCCUCCUGGAACUCCUGGUCUGGCUUCACCCCCUCCUCCUCCACCUCUUCCUGGGGGUUUAGGUGUGCCUCCUCCACCUCCACCUCCAGGACUCCUCCCUCCGUCCCCGUCUCAAGGAAAUGCUUUUCUAAAUAAACGGAAAACGGUCAAGCUGUUCUGGAAGGAGCUUAAUCAGCCCGACAGCCCCAGGAAGUGCAAGUUUGGGUGGGGCACAGUUUGGGCUUCACUUGAUAAGGUUGCAGUCGAUACAGCUAAGCUGGAGCACCUGUUUGAGUCCAAGGGAAAGGAUCUUCCAGUAGCAAAGAAAGGUGCUGAGAUCAAGAAAGCAGCCAUUUUAGUGCUUGAUCCAAAGAGGAGCAAUGCCAUCAACAUCGGCAUGACUGUUUUGCCUGCUAUACAUGUCAUUAAAAGUGCCAUCCUCACCUUUGAUGAGUUUGCCAUCAGUAAAGAGGGCAUUGAGAAAAUCCUGACCAUGAUUCCCACGGAUGAAGAGAAACAGAAGAUUCAGGAGGCGCAGCUGGCCAACCCUGAUGUACCACUGGGCACAGCAGAGCAGUUUCUGCUCGCUCUCUCAUCCAUCAGUGGCCUCACAGCCAGAUUACAGCUCUGGGCCUUUAAACUGAACUAUGAGACCCUGGAGAAGGAGAUUGCGGAGCCUCUUUUUGACCUGAAACUGGGAAUGGAACAACUCUCCAAGAACAAAACCUUCAAGCGUAUCCUAGCAACACUACUGGCCAUUGGCAACUUCCUCAAUUGUGCCCAUGCUAAGGGCUUUGAGCUCAGUUAUCUGGAGAAGGUUACUGAGGUGAAGGACACUGUACACAGACAGUCUCUGCUUCAUCAUACCUGCAAUUUUGUGGUGGAAAACUACCCAGAUUCGACAGACCUUUACUCUGAGAUCCCUGCUAUCACACGCUCUGCUAAGGUGGAUUUUGAGCAGUUGUCUGAAAACCUGAUUCAGUUGGAGAGAAAAUGCAAAGCAUCUUGGGACAACAUUAAAGUAGUGGCCAAACAUGAAACUAAACCUAACUUGAAAAGCAAAAUGACAGAAUUUCUGAAAGACUGUACUGAAAGGAUCAUCAUCCUGAAAGUAGUGCAUAGACGCAUUAUUAAUAGGUUUCAUUCCUUCUUGCUGUACUUGGGUCAGCCCUCAUACUCGGUGCGGGACACUAAAGUAACUCAGUUCUGUAAGAUCAUCAGUGAGUUUACCCUGGAGUACCGCACCUCACGAGAGAGAGUCCUCACCCAGAAACGCAAGCGUGCCGUCCACCGGGAGCGCACCAAGACACGGGGCAAGCUGAUCACUGAGACCGAGAAGUUUUCUGGAGCAGUUCCACAGCUCUCUCUGGAGGACAACCUGUCCCCGGUUUCUUCAACAGUAGAAUCCGAGCCAGCCCAAGAGGAGCAUGAGAACAUGAAAAACCUGCUCAUUGACAACAACGACAACAGCAAGCUGCGCAGGAGCCGUGCUGUACGAAAGAUUCUUACCAGUGGUGAGGACACUUCUCCAGUUUCACCCACUCUUCAGAUGAGUGAUGAAGAGAGGCCUUAUGACUCUGACAGCGUUCCUACUUCACCAGUAGAGAGCCAGUCAGCACAUAAUGAUGAUGAUGAAGGUCUUGGCAGAGUUAGCACAAGCAUGUCUGUAGCCAAAGAGGACAGCCCCAGCUCACAGGACGAUGCCACAGAUGAGAUCAUGGAUCGUCUGGUUAAAUCUGUCACCCAGAAUCCCACAGAGAGGACAUCUAGUCCAAAAUCACGGAAACGCUCCCGGCUUAACAGAAAGUCAUUGCGGAGGACUCUGAAGAGUGGGCUGAGUGUGGAUGUGGUGCAGGCCCUUGGCCUCGACAGUACUAACGGGAAGGUCUGAAGCUGGUAGUUCUCAUCUGGGUGAAACUGUAGAAAGGCAGCAAUGAGGGCAUAAGGAGAGCUGCUGUAAUGAAAGGAGGAACUGUGAUAAAGACAUUUCAUGGGAUGCCUGCAACUAAAUUUGCCUGCCAAUCUGGACGCUUUAGUGGAAGAAUCAUGUACUUCCAGCUGAAAUACAAACAGCUGCAUUACUAUACAAAUUAAUGAAGUGUGUGCAUGAUAUCCAUUAGACAUAUAUCAUGAUUUGAUUGGUACAAACUUUAAUGGCAUAGUAUUAAAUACCAGCCCAUGUUUACUGAUGGAGAAUAGAUGCAUAUAUGAUCCAGUGAAUUAAAAUGUUUUAUAUUUUGACCAGGUGCACAUAUAUUAUUUUGCAUAGAGCCUUAGAUUGCAUAGAUUGGAGCACAAUUUAUUGGUCAAGGAUAUGUACAGUAUCUAAGGGUUUGAAAGGUUUUAAGGUAAUACAUUUAUUUUUUCUUCUUUUUUUUUUUUUUUUUUUUUUUUUUUUUAAGACAAACCUUUUAUAUUUUGGCCAUAUCUUUUAGAAUGGCUCGGCUCAAGGUUUGGAUCUUGGAAGCCAGUAAUUGAGAUCAGUGCAAUAGGGAAACUCAAACACACUGGUGCCCAUUAAUGAAGCUAAACCCUGGAAUAAAUGGCACUGUCAGUAAUGAUUGACCAUGGAAAACUCCUUAGUCUUGCACAGGGUUUAAUUUGUGUCUGGAAAGCUGACCCAUGUGCACCUGGGUGGUGUUCAACUGAAUAUCCUGAGUACCAAGGAGAUCUUGAUUAGAGAGGACACAAACUAGGUCACAUUUGUUUUUCUUUUAUUAAUCACAGAGCUCUCUUGAAAGGUUUGUGGAUGCUACAACAGUCCUGUAUUCUGCUGUAUCACAUUUCUGUCCUGAUAUUUAUUUAUUGUGCAGUUUUUUGAGUUCAUCUUUUUAGUUAUACCAUUUUUAUGAUGUUAUAAAAUGUGCAUGGACCACUCUGUUUCUUGCUGAAGAGAAGUGUUAAAGGCACAGUAUUUCUGUAGCAAAUUUUUAAAACCGUUACGAGCACAUAUUUUAAGGAUUUUGUUGGUAUUGCUUUUUUUUUUUUUGCACAGGGGGUUAUGGUUAGGAAUUUAGAAUCACUAUGAAUCACUCUGUUGUUUUAUGUUCGACCUUAUUACCAGUUUGCAUGAGUGCAUGUGUUCUUCACUCUGAAUGUAUCACUAUUAGAGUGUUCCAGUGCUGGACGUCCCGUCACUACUCUUGACACCUGCACAAAGAAAGGUUGUUUGCAAUGAAAUCGUUUGCAAGUACAGUGCUUCUAAUGUAUUAUGUAUUCUAAUUGUAUUGUGUUUCAGAAUUGCUUCAUAUUGAGAUGUUGGCCUUGAAGCUUUUUUAAAAAUAAAUGUUUAUUAGACUUUUA